AUGUCCCAGCGGGUCGAACAGUUCCGAGCGGAUACCGAUCCCAACAGAACUGAUCUCCUAGUGGGCGUGUAUAAAACGGACGAAGGCAAAGCAAUAGUUUCGACGCAGACACUUGGCGCAUGUGGCGGAUGCCAUGUCGCCGCAGUGAUGUUGAAAAACCAUUACGGACCGUGGAAGGAGAACGGGAACCCCGAGAUUUUCCUUCCAAGCGAGACCUGGUUGAACCAUCCUUUCCUGUUCGGAUCUGCAGGAAUUAAGACCAGUUUUCUGCCUUAUUUUAGCAGCAAGACGAACAAAUUCGAUUUUGGGGCGUUUUCCGAGGCCAUCAGAUUGUUACCUGCUCAAUCCGUCGUUCUUCUCCAAUCUGGGGCCCAGAACCCAACUGGAUGUGAUCCAUCGCUAGACCAGUGGCGAGAGCUAGCCUCGAUCUUCUCCCAGCGCGGUCAUCUGGCCUUAUUUGAUGCUGCAUAUCCCGGUUUUGCCUCGGGGGAUAUUGAUACGGAUCUCGAAAGCGUUCGUUUGUUUGCCGAGCAAGAAAUUCCGCUUAUUUUUGUCUCGACAUAUGGCAAAUCCUUUGGGCUUUACAGCGAACGCGUUGGAAUCCUCUCAAUUCUGGUUCCAAGUGAGGAAGUGGGAAAGAGAAUUGAAAGGCAUAUGAGUCUACUCGCACGAGCAGAGUCCGGCGCGCCGCCCGAUUUCGGGUCUAAGAUUGUUGAAACAGUUCUAUCAGAUGAUAACUUGGAGCGCCAAUGGCGACAGGAAGUACGCCAUAUGGCGGACCAACUCAAGAGUCGUCGAAUUGCGCUCCGAGAAAGAUUGGAGGAAUUGGAAACACCAGGUGACUGGAAGCAUAUCACUGAUCAAAACGGAAUGUUUUCAUAUGUCGGACUGUCGGAGGAACAAGUCACUCUUCUCCGAAAUGAACACCAUGUAUAUCUUCAGGACUCUGGGAGGAUAUCUAUCGCUGGGCUCAACAAAUUCAAUAUCGAUUACACUGCUCGCAGUAUCAGCGCUGUUAUCAAAGCUACAACAACUAAAUAA